UUUUUAACCCCCUGGUAUAUUGCUCACAUGGUUGUAUUUGAAGCUGCAAACAUGGAGUCGGAGUUAUUCAAAGCUGCGCUUUCUGGAAAUGUUGGGCAGUUGCUGCUCCUGCUUCGUGAAAACCCAGAUGUUCUUGUAGAUUCAGCAAUGGUAACAGCUAAUACUCCACUACAUAUAGCUGCUGCAAAUGGUCAUUGUGAAUUUGUAAGAACGAUGUUAUCAUAUAAAUCUUCUUUUGCAUGGGAACUGAAUGAAGAUGGGUUUACCGCAUUAAAUUUGGCUAUUGAGAAGGGGCACAUAGAUAUUGUGAAGUAUCUCCUACUGCAUGAUCCUGGACUACGUAUGCUCAAGGACAGUGAAGGUAGAACUUCACUUCAUUGUGCUGCGAUACAUGGAAAGACAAACAUUAUAAAUGAAUUGCUAAUGGAAUUUGAAGAUUGCCUUGAUGAGAGAACAGCUCGAGGAGAGACUGUACUGCAUCUAGCUUUGAAGUACAAUAAGGAGGAAGCUUUUGUAGUGUUGAUGAAUUGGGUGAAACAAACCCAGAAGGAGAAGCUAUUGGAUUUGAAGGAUAAAGCAGGAAGCACAGUCUUAGAGCUGGCUCAAUCCAAGAAAAAGAACAAGGCCAUAAUUCAACUGAUAAUGAGAAUGAAGUGUUCACAAAAACUUGAUAAUGAAAUUGGUAUCAAGAUGGUAAAGCUCAACAAGGAUCACCAGUUGGAAGACACAUUAUUUAUAGGAGUUUUGUCUAUCUUGGUGUUGUCUCUGUUUUUCUGUGUCACAUUUUUCUCAGAAACUACCGAAGACCAAGCCUAUUCCAACAAUGAUUACAAGGUUUUUAUCUCUGCUAUUGAGGUAUACACUUCAGAAAAUUUUGAUAAUGAAGGGGUGAUCUUCACAUUUGCACCUGAUGCGGAGUAUCAGCAUUUGAUAGAAAUCAAUAUUGAUGGAUUGUAUAAGGAGUUCAUUCAACUGAAAACAGGAACGGAAAUUUCAGAUCAAAUUGAUAAUGAAAUUGGGAUGGAUCUGCCACAGAUCAAGAAAGAACAGAUGCCUUUCACCAGCAAGAUAACAGAACUCAAGGACUGUAUAUUUUCAGGGCUCCUUCCCGUCUUGGGUUUGGUGUGUAUAGCUGUUUUCAACAUUAUUAUGUCAGAAAUAAUUGAGAAAAAUAUCAAACCGCCCAUAUCCUUGAUGUCCUCGUUCAAACUUCCAUUAUCAACUGUGACUAUGUAUUUUGCGUGGGCAGCAACUGGACUAUGCUUUAUUAAAUACCUGACCGAAGACAUGACAGGUGGUACUUCCAUUAAGAUUGGACCUCCUUUUUUCUCACCAUAUGUAGCUAUAAGUAUCAUUGUUCUUCUACUAGCAGUCGCCAGCACAUUCAGUUUGCUUUACUCGAUAUUAAAGAUAAAUAAGGAACUGGAGCAGAGGCAAAAAACUUGGUAUCUACUUGAAGAUUGCGGAGCUCUUUCUCCAGCCAUAUUCACCGUGACUGAUCUCGAGGAGAUGACAAAUAAUUUCAGUAGAAAAUUGGGAGAAGGAUACUACGGGACUGUGUAUAAAGGAUACCUUAAAAAUGGAGUUCCUGUGGCUGUGAAGAGACUAAAUGAUUCAUCACUUCGCAAAGAAGAUCUUUUCAAUGAGAUUUGCGUUUUUGGAAGGAUUCACCACAUAAAUGUGGUUCGUUUGUUGGGUAUUUGUAUUGAUGCAUCGGUACUUCUUGUAUAUGAAUACAUGGCAAAUAGAAGCUUAGAUUGCUUCCUUUUUAGUCCUGAGAGCGCGAAAUUUAGUUGGGAUACGCGUUAUAAUGUUGCCAUGGGCCUAGCUAAGGGAUUGCAGUAUUUACAUGAAGAAAGCGAACUGAGUAUCAUUCAUGGCGAUCUCAAACCGGAGAAUAUCUUACUAGACUCCAAUUUCAAUCCCAAGAUCACAGACUUUGGUUUGUCGAGAUUGUUCUCAAAGAAGAUUCUUCCAUCUGUGACAGGUGUCAGAGGAAGACGGGCUUAUACUGCGCCUGAAUUAUGGAGUUCUGGAAAUGCAACGUGUAAAUCGGAUAUAUAUGGCUUUGGGGUAUUAUUACUCGAAAUAGUUGGAGGAAGAAGACUCUUAGAUGCGAGAGUAGAAACUGAAGGCCAAGAUUACUUUCCUGUUUGUGCUUACAAAUGCCUUGAGAAAGGAGAAGAUAUGGGAACUAAAGAGGAGAUAGCGAAAAAAUUGGCAAUCGUAGCAUUCUGGUGCACCCAAAAGGAUCCAGCAGAUCGACCUCCGAUGCAAGUUGUCAUUCGGAUGUUGGAAGACAACAUAGGAAACUUAACAACGCCACCAAAUCCUUUUGCUUUCGCUGAUCCGAUACGAAGUCCAUGAUGGUCUUUCCCUGAAAGCUUCUCCUGUUCUUCAUCUUGUACGUUUGCAGCCAACUCCAGUAUAAAUAAGGGCACAAGCAGUGUGCGUGGCAUGUAACUCUUAUAUUGCAAUGUGACAGUGUUCACCUUGUCUUUUCUGUUAUCGUAUCUACCCUUGUAUGAUUUUUGUUUUUGUUUAAUUAGUACUAUCAGGUUAUGUGUGUUACAGUCAAUUUAACGCUAAAACUAGACACAUGAAACGAUUGCUGGGAUA